CCGGGAGCAUUCGCGUGUUAUGUAACGUUACAGAUUUGAGCAUUACAUCAGUGAAGGAGGAGAACCGAGCAUUACAAUGCGCACCUUGUAAUGAUACAAAACGGGCAUACAUCAGUGAAGGAGGAGAACCGAGCAUUACAAUGCGCACCUUGUAUUGAUACAAUGUGUAAUAUCUUGAUACAACUUGUAACAUCAAUGCGCUUCACAGCUUCAGCGGGCGGGCGGGGGGCUUCACUGCCCCUAGCCCCCCGCCCGCCCGCUCAGUAGCCUACGUGACAGUGAAGUGAACGCACGUUGUCAUAAAGUGUUUCUGACGCUUCGGAGAUUUUUUUGGCGUCACGGACAGUUGUAAAUUUAAGUAAUGGCUUGGGACAAAGAGAAGACUCUAUUAUUCAUAGAAAAAUAUAGGGAAAUCAGGGAAUUAUGGGACCCUAAGCAUCCUCAACACUUUAAUAAAAUAAUAAAACAAGACGGUUGGGUGAAAUUAUCGGAUCAAUUUGGAAUAACCGUAGAAGAAUGUCAAAAGAAAAUCACAAGCCUGUUAGCAUCUCUUAGAAGAGAAAAGAGCAAAAUGAAAAAAAGUGCUUCAGGAACCGGAAAAGGUGCAGAAGAAGUAUAUACUAGUACCUGGUUCGCAUAUGCAGCUUUAUCAUUUAUACUGGACAGAUAUGAACCACGGAAGACAACAGAUUCAAUUCCUUGUGAACCUGGGACACAAGACUUGCAGGAGACUCGCAACAAGCCACCUGAAAAUCCUGAUGCACCACAACGGAAAAAAGCGAAGGUGGAUGGAAGUGAUGAAAUAAUGCACUCGACUUUCCAAAUUUUGCAAGACUUUACUUCUGCUAAAUCGGAUGAAUGCACUACUUUUGGGAAAUUUAUUACUGAAAAACUCAAGACGUACUCUCAAAAUACUAGGGCCUGUGUACAGCACCACAUUUCCAAUAUCUUGUUUAGUGCCGAUCGCGGUGAAUAUGAGUACAUGUACCAGCAACAUGGAUAUUGGACUCCUGAUUCUCAACUUUCGCGUAAUGAAUCAAACCAUGCUGGACCAUCAGGCCUCCAAAGUACACCCUCACCAGCAGCAGUUCCAUCCACUGCAGACGCCCAACUUUCUUCGCCUGAAGCCAGUAUUAAUAGCCAAGAAAGUGAGGGGUUUAUGCGUGAAUUUGGAGAUCUGAUUGAUUAAUAAACUAGAUUAAUAAACUCACCAGUAUAUUUUCUUUUAAACAUCCAAUUAUAGCUUCACUCACUUCUUUGAUAAUACAACUUAUAAUCUGAUUGGACAUUCUAAAAGUAACCUGCAAGCUUGAAUAAGAAUCACCAGAUGCGUAAAAUCGUAACGUAACAGCUAA